GAAUAGCCACUGAACGUAGCAUAGUACUAGCGCUCUAUAAAUGGGACUAAUUCCUAUUCUUCUGUGAAAAUCAUACUCAACACAUUCUUACUAAAAUAUCUGUUUUAUUAUUUAUUCUAGAUCAUCUUUUUCCAACAAGAAGCUACGGAACUUGCCGCCAUGGAAGUCAAAGGAAGCUCUGAAAGUUCUCUUUCCAACCAAAGGCUAUUUGGAAGAGUCGCUUUAAUCACCGGAGGUGCAAGUGGUAUAGGAGAGGGUAUAGUACGUUUAUUUCACAAAAAUGGUGCAAAAGUAUGCAUUGCUGAUAUUCAAGAUGAACUUGGACAGCGCGUUUGUGAAUCCCUUGGUGAUGACAAAAGUGCAUGUUUUAUCCACUGUGAUGUUACUGCAGAAGCUGAUAUUAGUCAGGCAGUCGAUUUUGCUGUUCAAAAAUUUGGUACGCUUGAUAUAUUGGUUAAUAAUGCUGGAUUGACAGGGCCAACUUAUACAGAUAUCCGCGAUUAUGAACUUUCUGUCUUCGAUAAUGUGCUUGAUGUGAAUGUGAAAGGUGUUUUCCUUGGAAUGAAACACGCGGCUCGCAUAAUGAUUCCACGAAAGAAGGGAUCGAUAGUAUCUUUGAGCAGUGCAGCAAGUGCUAUUGCUGGCGCUGCGCCUCAUGCUUAUACAACUUCCAAGCAUGCUAUUUCGGGACUUACAAAAAAUGUGGCUGCUGAGUUGGGGCAACAUGGUAUACGUGUGAACUGCGUUUCUCCUUACGCUGUUGCAACUGGAUUGGGCCUGGCUCACUUGCCAGAGGAUCAAAGGAAUGAUGAUGCAAUCGCGGAUUUUCAUGCUUAUUUUGGCAAGUUAGCUAACUUGCAGGGCGUCGAUUUGCUAGUUCAGGAUGUUGCUAAUGCCGUUCUGUUCUUAGCUAGCGAUGAAGCGAGGUAUAUAAGUGGGCAUAAUCUGAUGGUUGAUGGUGGUUUCUCGUGCGUAAAUCACUCCCUUAAGAUCUUCAGAUCAUAAGAUAUAUAUUUUUCAGGAUUUUAAGAAAGUUGCAGAGAUUGUAAUCUUGCAAUAACCUUUAAACUUUUAUGUCUUUGAAUUCAGUUCCAAUAAAAAUUACUAGUAUCUUACCAUAA